AUGGAAACCCAACAAACCCAUGUCCCCCAGCCCGCACGACGCAGACGCAUCGUCGUAGCCAUGACUGGUGCCACAGGCGCAAUCCUCGGCAUCAAAGCCCUCAUCGCUCUUCGUCGUCUCAACAUCGAAACCCACCUGGUCAUGAGCAAGUGGGCCGAGGCCACAAUCAAAUAUGAAACAGAUUACCACCCAUCCAACGUCAAGGCGCUCGCCGACCACGUUCAUAGCAUCAACGACAUGGCUGCGCCUAUAUCGAGUGGCUCGUUCAAGGCUGAUGGUAUGAUCGUCGUGCCGUGCAGUAUGAAGACUCUCGCCGCUAUCCACAGUGGGUUCUGUGAUGAUUUGAUAUCACGGACUGCCGAUGUUAUGCUCAAAGAGCGGAGGAAAUUGGUUCUUGUUGCGAGGGAGACUCCGUUGAGUGAUAUUCAUUUGAGGAAUAUGCUUGAGGUCUCACGCGCUGGCGCGAUCAUCUUCCCCCCUGUGCCGGCGUAUUACAUCCGUGCUGCCUCGGUUGAUGAUUUGGUAGAUCAGAGUGUCGGGCGAAUGUUGGAUUUGUUUGAUUUGGAUACGGGGGACUUUGCUAGAUGGGAGGGUUGGGAGAAGUAA